AUGGAGGAUAGUCCCCUGAGACCUUCGCAGGUCACUCAGCCAGGUACUGCCAAUUCUUCUUCAAUUGCUUUGCCUUCUUCUCCUCUGUUUCCAGACCCCUCCUCCCCCGCCAAUCCUCAAGAUAACUUCGCUGACGACCCAUACUGGGUAGCCACUCAGAUCGUAACUGAUCCCAGACGACUCGGACAAGCAGGAUCAGGCCUGAGCAGCGAGGACCUCGGAGAUAUCAUCUGCAUCCUGCAUCCCACGACCCAGGCUGCCUCUCGCGCCGCAGCCCUCAUCCAUGAAGACCCCAACGCCCACCCUGGGUGCACUCUCGUGAGCGCGAACAAUGUGGAGAUGCGAGUGAAAGGCUCUAAAGAUACUGCAAAAGAUACAUCCUAUCAAUUGGCUGCUGAAGGACUGGUACUGUGUGAUCUCGUUCUGCGCCUGUCGGCCCCACUCAAGGACCCAUUAGGCGGCUUCCAGUUUGGACGGAGCCCAUCGCGCUGCGAUUUUGUCCUGGGAAAAGAUCAAGCUUCGAAAAGAAUCAGCAAUAUUCACUUCAGAAUAUACCUGAACGAGCAUGGCUACCUGAUGCUGGAGGACCAGUCCACGAACGGUACUGCGGUCGAUGGCGCCCUGUUGCGUGGGAAGGAGAAGGAAAACAACAAACAACAUCGACGUACACUCGAACAUGGCUCUGUCAUUACCCUUGCGAUGACUCCGCCAGAACAAGAUUAUCAAUUCAUGGUUCGGAUUCCUCCGCGAGACCAGGCUAGUGAACAGGAGCUAUGGUCCCAAAAUCUCAGAGCCUUCAUCCUUCACACGGCCAACUUGCGCAUGCAUAAGGAAGCUCGCAUCGCAGCUGGUGGUCUAGAAAAGAAAGGACCUCCCAAUCUUUUCCCCACUGCGCCAGCCACCCCAGACCCGAACCUGCCAUCUGGCAAGGUCAUUCGAGUUUGGAAAGGAGGGCCUAAGUAUAACAGACUCGAAAUGAUCGGAAAAGGUGCCUUUGCGGUCGUAUACAAGCUCACCGACAAAUACGACGGCGUACCCUAUGCUGCCAAAGAACUCGAAAAGAGACGCUUUAUGAAAAACGGAAUACUGGAUCAGAAGGUUGACAACGAGAUGAAGAUUAUGAGAAAGAUCAAACAUCCUCAUGUCGUUCAGUUCAUCGAGCACGUUGACUGGGACGAGUACUUGUACAUCAUCAUGGAGUUUAUCCCUGGUGGCGAUCUUGGCAGCCUGAUUUCUCGUGAAGGCUACUUGCCAGAGCCGGAUGUCCAGAUCAUGGCUAAGCAACUGCUAAGCGCCCUGAAGUACCUCCACGAUGGUGGCAUCACUCACCGUGAUGUGAAGCCGGAUAAUAUCCUCAUUUCGACCCGCAAUCCAUUGCACGUCAAGCUGACCGACUUUGGAUUGUCAAAGAUGAUCGAUGGUGAGGAUACUUUCCUGCGAACCUUCUGCGGCACUCUGCUCUAUUGCGCCCCUGAAGUCUACUCGGAAUAUCGCGAGUAUGAUGAGACUGGCAAGAGAAGCCUGCGAGGAAUGGACAAGAGAUUCUUGCCACCGCAAAGAUAUGGCCAUGCUGUCGACAUCUGGUCCACUGCUGGAGUACUCUUCUAUGCCCUCUGUGGUAGCCCACCUUUCCCUGUAAAGAAGAACACGAGCUACCAGGAGCUUCUGAAUCAGAUCAUGACAUGCCACCUCGAUAUUAGACCACUUCAACUUGCCAAUGUCUCCGAGAAUGGAAUCCGAUUUGUGAAGAGUAUGCUCAUCGUUCGACCUGAACAGCGUGCCACGAUUGAGCAGCUCGAACAGCGCUCUUGGUUUCUCGGCGGAAACAGCUUCCAGGACUCCAUGGAGAACGAUGAAGUUGACCAGAUCGGCGGCGACGACAGUAAUUUCGAAACCCAGCUUGAGCAAGGUACAUCUCAGCUUAGCAUCAACCCUGAGCUAGAAGAAUUCGACGACAGCCAGCUAAUGAUAGAUGACGAUCUGAGCCAUCUUCUCGACGACAGCCAGGAAAUGAUGGAUGGCGACGACAUGAGCCUUCCUCUCGAGUUGCAGCCGCGUGAGAUACCUAGCAGUUUUGCAAAUAGUGAUAGCAAUUCCAGUGCAGAGACGCAGACCUAUAGGAUGGUUCAUGGCGGCGGAAAUUCGGAAGAUACAGUAGGUCGCUUGUUUGGAGAGGUGAACGCGUCGGCAAUCGGAAGCUCAGGCGCGCUCCCUUUGGACCACCUCCACCUCCCCUUUCAGACAACAGCAAACAACCACGGCACGGCACCAGACGAUUCACAACAGUCGCGAUACCUACAAGAAUCUCCUGGAGAUAAUCAUCGCGGACAAAGUCAAGGCAUUCCUGCUGCUGCAACUGUACCUACCAUCAUGCCUCCUCCUCCCCCUCCCCCGCCCACGCCCUCGACGCGCAACCCCAUCACCGCGGCGAGACACCCCGAGAUUGAGGAUAGAGCUGUCAGAGAAUCAAGCCUGAUGGGCGCGGAGGCCAUGGUUGGAAAUCUCAAUAUGCACUCUCCUGCUUCGGCCACAUCCCCAGGCGCGGAGGCAAUGGUCGGAAACCUCAAUUCUCCUGCUUCGGCCACAUUCCCAGGCACAGAAAGCCUUGCGCCGACUACAGAAGACACUCGAGAGGCUUUUGGCAGUGUGCGCCGACCCCGUGAGGAGGAAGAGGAGGACUGGGAUGAUGAAAGCUGGCGACCAGCAGAUCUCCCAAUCAAGCGUCGCAAGUCCAGCCGUCAGAUCGAUAUGCGAAUUCCACCAACCGUCUUUUGGGACCCUAGUGACAGAUCUACCCACCACUACGACUAUCCUUCCAUGACAUCCAUGCAGUUCAAGAGUUACCAGGAAUAUGCCGAGAAGAAGGGCGAGGUGUUUGCCCAUGGGCAGAAUAUCUUCGAGGUCACGAUGCAGAGCUUCAGAAACAGUCGGAGCCCUUCGCUGGAGCCAGAGCGAGCCGCCUCCGAGCCCAUCAAGGACGAAGGACGCCGUAUGCUGAUGAAACGUGAUGAGCGCAAGCUCGAGGAGCCAAGAGGUGGCCGAGGAAAGAGUGAAUCACGCACCGGUGAACAUCCAGUGGCACAGGAGAACUUUAUUCCAUUGACCGCACACCCAUUCGAUACAGCAUCCAAGGCCAAAUCAACGACGACUCACUACGCGUUCGAUUUCCCAUCUGUCGGCAAUGACUUCCAAGCUCCCAAGCGUAUCCUCGCGAAGGCCGUGUCCACAGUUGAUAGUUGCCUCGCCAUCUCUCUGAAUAUUACGGAUUCGGCUUUCUCCUGGGGUCGUGGAGAGUCAACGACCACCCGAUACGCUAAUGGUAAGGAAGACCGUGUUCCGAAGUACGCCUUUAAGACCAUGCUCUUCAAGCCCGGAUACUACAAAGACAAGCCAGCUCCUCUGGACACCACGCACGUUUGGAACCAGCGAGACACGGACAUGAGCUUCUACAUCUCGACCAAGGCCACGCUUGGCAUCUGGGUCAACGGUGCUCAUAUUCCUGGCCACGAUCUCCAGCACCCGAAUGCGGAGUCCUUGUUCUGGGGCGAGCUGAGAAAUGGCGACAUCAUCACUGUCUGGCGCAAUGAUUCGAAAGUCCCGGGAGCCAAGAAACACACCCGACUCAGAUUUGAGUGCUUCUGGGGCAAGUCGAUGGAGGUCCGAAAGGAGCCGUUCCACAUCAUCGAAGAGGGCGCGUUCCUGGACGAGCUGGAGGAGGCCUGCCUGAUCCAAGAGGGAGCGAUCAUCAAUGAAAACAAGCACCGCCGAGCCGAGGACAUGAAGGUACUGCAGCGCGAGAAGGAAGAGAAAUCGGCUCGUCAGAACGAGAAGGCGAUUAAAUUCGAAUCCUCAUUCAGCGGCGCCCCAUCUACCGAGUAA